GAAGCUGCGUGUUAAAGUGGUGAAAUCAGUAGAAUUACUGCCUUCUAGUGGUUGAUAGACUGUGUGUUGGACAGAGCAAAAGUGAAAACAACACUGUCGCCAAGUUUAGUGACACGGUGGAUUUGCAAGCAGCAGCAGUGUUGUGAAGAUGUCGUUUCGUGUGGUGAGAAGCUCCAAGUUCCGGCACGUGUUUGGGCAGGCGCUGAAGCGCGAACAGUGCUACGAUAACAUACGCGUAUCGAAGAGCAGCUGGGACUCGACAUUCUGUGCGGUCAAUCCAAAAUUCUUGGCCAUCAUCGUCGAGUCGGCCGGUGGCGGUGCCUUCAUCGUAUUACCUCACAAUAAGGUCGGACGGAUCGCGGCAGAUCAUGCACUGGUCGGAGGACACAAGGGCCCCGUACUGGAUAUUGCCUGGUGUCCUCACAACGACAAUGUCAUCGCAUCUGGGUCGGAAGAUUGCGUCGUGAAGGUGUGGCAAAUUCCGGACGGUGGACUGUCCCGUACACUUACCGAGCCGGUUGUGGAUCUGGUCUACCAUCAGCGCCGUGUAGGGCUCGUCCUAUGGCAUCCCUCCGCGCUAAACGUACUGCUGACGGCCGGCUCGGACAAUCUGAUCGUGGUGUGGAAUGUCGGUACGGGCGAGGUGCUGGUACGCAUCGACUGCCACCCGGACACGAUCUACAGUGCCUGCUGGAACUGGGACGGUUCGCAGUUGGUAACGACCUGCAAAGAUAAGAAGAUCCGCAUACUGAACCCACGCAACGGCGAGGUACUGAACGAAGCACUCGCACACGAAGGUUCGAAGGCAACGCGCGCCAUCUUCCUGCGGCACGGACUGAUCUUCACGACCGGUUUCAAUCGCUCGUCCGAGCGACAGUAUUCACUGCGCGCACCGGACGCACUGGGUGACCCGAUCGUGAUGGUCGACCUGGACACGUCGAACGGUGUCAUGUUCCCGCUGUACGAUCCGGACACUAACCUGAUCUACCUGUGCGGCAAGGGUGAUUCCGUGAUACGCUAUUUCGAGGUGACGCCCGAACAUCCGUACGUGCAUUACAUCAGCCAGUUCCAGACGCCGGAUUCGCAGCGAGCCAUCGGCAUGAUGCCAAAGCGUGGUUGUGACGUGAGCACUUGCGAGGUGGCCCGUUUCUACCGACUGAACAAUGGUGGCCUGUGCCAGGUGAUCUCCAUGACGGUACCGCGCAAGAGUGAACUGUUCCAGGAGGAUCUCUACCCGGAUACGCUCGCCGACGAAGCAUCGAUAUCGGCCGAAGAUUGGAUCAGUGGAGUGGAUACCGAUCCGCAGCUUAUCUCGUUAAAGGAUCGUGUCUUUCUCGUACAGGGUGGCUACGUGUCGCAGGCCCAAAGCACUACGCUGACAGUGACGAAAAAGUCGAACGUGCUGGACAAGAUGGCACCGAAGAGCGGUGGCCCGAAGUCACUGUCCGCCUCGACCGGCGGAUCGGCGGGCGCAUCGGCCAACGGUUCGCCUGUGACGGUCAACAAUGGAACCGGGGCCGGCGGUGGAGGAAGCACAUCACCAGCCAACAAUGGAACGCAACAGAUCACGAUCGGAGGUGUAUCGGAGCAACAGUUCGGUGAGCUGAGGACAAAGUUCGAAGAGGAAUUCCGCAAGCUGAAGGCAAUCAUCGUAAAGCACGAAAACCGAAUCCGGUCGCUGGAAGCCACCGUCAAAGCGAUGACGGAUCGGGGGCUGACGGAAGUGGAUGGUGGUCUCGCACCCGCUGCCGUCGCCGCAUCAGCUGGCACCUCGCCUUCACCAGCACCUUCCUCGUUGCCACCCGCGUCCGACGAUGGUACGCAACCGCCAGCGGCCGGUGGAGCCGAUGGUGGUGGUGGUGGCCACUACCGCAACUCAACCCUCGAGCCGGACGAAGUUUAAACCCGUUAAACACCGGCAGGCGGUGGUGAAGGGCGUAAAUUAGGCGCGAAGCGACAUUAGAGAGCGGUGACUCUGGACGUCCUCCGAUUGUUUUUUUUUUUGACUUCCUUGUGCGUCGUGUGGCAUCGUAGCCUAACGUUCUGCCGAUUUGCUUAUCGGCACACUCAGACGGGGACAUUGCCAAUACACACACACACACACACGCACACAGAACAAACGCGCAAAUCAUUCGCUUACACGCGCAAAUCCUUUAGUCGACAUUUUGCGCUGUGGCUUGCAAUCAAAGGAAUAACGGAUAACAGCAUAAAAGCGAACACACAUUACAUUGGGUGAUUAAUGCCAACCGAGCCAAUAUUAUGGAUGAUCAAAAACAAUACAAAAACACACACACAAAAAUGCCUUAAAUAUGGAUAGAGGAACCAUGCUUAAAGCAGCUGCGAUAGAAGAAAGAAGAUGUUGUAUUUGUGGCGUAUGUUUCUUUUUUUUUUUUGAUACAUAUACAUCAUUACAUACUAACCGUUUUGCUAUGACCGACAUGCCUUCCUGUUUUUCUUUUCCUUUUCUCAUUGAUCCUUUUGUAUCUCUCACUUAUGGUUGUUAGUGAGAGUGUGCCGUGCAACAACAAAAAAAAACCGAGGCUUCCACACAUACAUCGGUUAACCAAAUCCCUUUUAUGUCCCCGCGUGUGUUUAUCGCCACCAAUUUUGGUGGAAUGCGCUGCGCACUUAUUUGAAUCAGCCGGCAUCGAACAACACGCAACAAAGAGUAAUACAAAUAUUGCAUUACUACCGCUGGUCUCUAUUGCAAAACGGAGAAAUGGUGCUGCAUACGGUUAAACGUUCUUUACGGCGUAAACAUUAACGAAACUACGAGAGCUUUCGAACUGAAAUACGAAACAAACAACACUCAACAUAUAACGUGUAAAAAAUUAUACAUAUAUACAUAACACGCGGACACCAGCAAGAGGGGGGUGGGCGAGGGGACGAUAAAGAACUAUGGAACGGCAAAUAGAGAGAGGGGGAAAAUGCUUGCUGGCUGACAACCCGCUCGCUGUGCGAAUCGGCCCAAUACAACGGACACAACACAACAUACACACCCAACACACGCGUACACAAGUAGUAUGGGUAGUGCGAAUCGAUUAAUACUUAUUAUUAAAUUAAUUCUUAUUACUUGUUUUUAUGAUUAGAUAAAUCAAAACAAAGAAGAGAAAGAGAUCGAA